AUGGGGCCAGCGCUGGUGCUGUGGGCCUGGCUGAUGCUGCGUGUGGUGAGCAACGAGCGCCCCGCGCCCGAGCCCAUCGCAGGCAGUCAACCCUUCGCCGUGCUGUGGAACGUGCCCACAGGCCGCUGCUGGCGCCGCUUUGGUGUGGCCCUGCCCCUCAGCAGCUAUGGCAUCGUGGAGAACCUGGGUGGCCAGUUCACGGGCCAGAACAUCACCAUCUUCUACAAGAACCAGUUUGGGUUGUACCCAUACCUGUCCCAGCAGGGCACUGCCCGCAACGGGGGCAUCCCCCAGCGGGUGCCCCUGCGCAGCCACCUGGGCAGGGCAGCAGACGACAUUGGCCUCCGCCUGCAGCCUGACUUCCAUGGCCUGGCCGUGCUCGACUGGGAGGAAUGGAGGCCCCUCUGGGCCCGCAACUGGGGGGCCAAAAGGGUCUACCGGGCCGUCUCAGAGCACUGGGUGUGGGAGCGGCACCCGCAGCUGCCGGCCCCGCAGCGGCGCUGGCUAGCCCGGGAGGAGUUUGAGCGGGCAGCGCAGGCCCUCAUGGAGCAGACGCUUUUGCUGGGCAAGAGUCUGCGCCCUGGCGGGCUCUGGGGUUUCUACCGCUUCCCCGACUGUUUCAACGGCAACUGGGCCAAGGAGGCCAACUACACGGGCCAGUGCCGGCCCGCGGAGGUGCUGCGCAAUGACCGGCUGCACUGGCUCUGGGUGCUGCAGAGCCAGUCUGUGCGGGUGCUGCUCAAGUGGCUGGAGAGCCAGGAGGAAGCCGUGCAGCAGCUGCAGGCCACCAGCGGGCAGCUCUGGGCUCGCCUCAACGCCAGCGAAGCGGCCAGCAGGCAUCUCUGA